AGAUGGCGCGCGACCCGUCGAUGAUGCUCUAGUGGCUUCGAGGAGGUCCUUCGUUAUGAUACAUUUUUACAAAUCUCUGGUACUUCUUUCUAUUGUAAAUGCAAUAUCCUCGUUGGUGGACCCGUAUAAGACAUUAGGCGUUCCAAGAACCGCUGGUGUUUCUGAGAUCAAGAGAGCGUACAAGCAGCUAGCGAGGGAAUGGCAUCCUGACAAGAAUAAAGACCCAGCAGCAUCUGAGAAGUUCAUAGAGGUCACGAAAGCAUACGAAUUGCUUACAGACCCUGAACGAAAAGAAAAUUUUGAUAAAUAUGGCCACACAGAAGAUUCUCCAAACUUCAGGAGGCAGCCUGACUACUCCCAGUUUAAUCGUUUUGAUUUCGAUCCUUUCGAGUCAAUGUUCACAAAAGGCAACUUCAAGUUUAAGUUUAACUUUAACCAGGGAUCCGUGUUUCAUAAAGCAACGAUAUCACUAAAGGCGUAUGAAAAUAAGGUGAUUCCGGACAGCAAUUAUCGACCAUACCUUGUGCUUUUCUAUGGAGAUCUCUGUUUUCCCUGCUUGCACGUUGAACCUGUAUGGCAGAGAAUAGUACAAGAAUUGGAGCCACUAGGUGUUGGCUUUGCGACCAUCCAUGCACAGCACGAGCCUUCCCUUGUUCAGAAGAUUGGAGUGAGCAGCCUGCCAUAUCUGGUGGCUGUAGUGGACGGAAGAGUCAUUCACUACCGUCACGAGCAGCUCAGCCUGGUCAACAUUGUCGACUUCUGUCGUCGUCUGUUUCCCAGAGACACUGUCACCACCUUGACCAACGAAGAGUCCCUGGAUUCGUUCUUGUCUGGUUGGUCAGACAAUCGAGUGCGGGCUGUCGUGUUCAGUCCAUCAGCAUCUGUCCGCCUACGUUACCUUCUGGCCUCUUUCCAAUUUAGAGAGCGGGUCAGCUUUGGCUACAUACACUUGGGACGUCCGGAGGCAGCUUCAUUAAGGCGGCGUUACGCUGGCGUCGGGGACCGUCAAGAAUCCCUUCUCAUCUUCAACGAGCACUUGUCGUCGCCUGCUGCCCUGCUCAGCAUGGCUGAGUUGGACCCGCAAGCCUUAAGAGAUGUACUUAGUGCAAACCAGUUCCUGAUACUUCCACGGUUAUCAUCGCAGUUGCUGUUCGACGAGUUGUGUCCACCAGAGCCUUUGCGAACACGACGGAGGCUUUGCGUGGUCAUGGUCACACAAAAUUCUCCGUCUUACGAUCCUCACAGAGCCCGCCUUCGUGAAUAUGUCAGGGAGAAAGGCUUCCCGACGGAACGUGUGCGGUUUGUAUUUAUAUACGAAGAGAACCAGAAGGAUUUUGUGAAUACCUUAAGCUUGGGUGAAGAGUCCCCCAAGGACCCUACCUCUCAUCUCGUUAUACUGUGGCGUCGCAACCAGAACAUGGUUCAGUACCAGUGGAUAUCUUCACCAUGGCAAGACAAUACAGAGAAACUGAAUGAAACGAAGCAAGAACUAGAGAACGCCCUCUCUCGUCUUCUCCACACUUCAGACGCUCUACCAUAUGAUGCACGACUCAAUUCCCUGACUGAUGAGCAUGCACGAGGGUUGCUGGCUCGCAUUGUGCGUCGUCUUGUUCUUAUGGGGGAUGUAUUGCGAGAUCAUGUCACUCGCUACGAAGUCCUACCCGUCCUCUCGGUAGGCCUGUCCUUUGGCUUCAUUAUUCUUGUGGGCUACUUCAUGUCCUACCUUGUACAAAUGGAGGAAAAGAGUAUCCAGGAGAGGUACAGACGUGAGGGGAAGGUUCCACCAUCAGCAGCUAAGCCAAAACCCGAGUGCAAGCUCAACAUUCACGAGCUGCGAGGGGAGACAUACAAUGGACUUGUAAGGCUUCUGAAACCGGGAUGUCGCACCGUAGUGCUGCUGGCAGAUCAGGAGUCGAAACCAAAGCUGCUGCCGCAAUUUUUUCGUGCUGUGUUUCCAUAUCGCAAGAACAAAACCCUGAUGUUUGCAAUGCUCAUGCUUGAGAAGAACCUAGAGUGGUACCGGAAGAUAUUGACACAGGCACUUGGAGAGCGACGGCCUCUCAAUAUCAACCCUAAAAACUGCAUCGGCACGGUGCUGUCCCUGAAUGGUCAUCGCAAAUAUUUUUGCAUGUACCAUGCCAAGCAUAUGGAGCCAGUCCAAAAGAAGAAAAAGGAAUCCGGAGGAGACUUCAUGGGGUUCGACGAUUCCAGCAGCGGCUCGGACGCCAGUGAUGUGGAGUCUGGACACCUUCUUAAAAAGCAGGAAGACGCAUGCGCGGCGGAUGUUUACGGCAGUGUUCUAUUUGAGGAACAUCUUUUAGAUGGCCUGCCAAAUUGGCUCGACAGACUCUUUGAGGGCACCACCAAGCGCUAUUACAUUCAGUAUUGGCCAGAGUGCAUGAAAUAGGCUCAAGAGGAUCGUACGAGUGUUUGCGCAAGUUCUGCGGUCGGUGCUAGUCAUCUGGAGCAUCCUUGUUAGUCUACAUGAAAGUUGUGGGACAGCACAGUUGUGAUGCUGUUUCUUUGUCUAACACAGCAGUCACUGCUUUAGACCUGUGAGAAUCAGUCGUUGGGCGUUGCCUUUUAACCUCUUGUCAUUGGUGCCAUCCGUCAUCAUCCUACGGAGAGACUUUUUAAAUUAUUUCGAGGUGUUUGUGCUCGACUCCAAAGCGCAGAACAGGAUUGUUGGCAUUGUAUACACAUUUUUCAUUUGUGACACUCACUAAAUUGCAGGGAAAAUAUGUGUGUUCUUGAGGAUGAAUAGAAAUGGUUAAACAGAUCCUUCAGGUGGCCCUUAGUUUCAUGGGAAACUUACCUUCGAGAGACAUAUUUAAUGGCGCUAAAAAAACAAAAAACCAAAGAAGAACACAAACGUGAACAAUGUGAGAGCAUAUUUCUUAGUGCAGGUGAAUACUGCAAACGUAUUUUUAUUCGCAAUGUAUUAAGUUUCGCUAAUUUCGCGGCAGCUAAAAAAUCGCGAAAAAUUGUACUCGCGAACACAGCUUGACACUGAUCCCGCGGAAGGAAACAGACCUGGGAUCGCGGAAUUAAAUACUCGCAAAUAACUUCCCAAAUGCGAUUCGCAAAAAUUCAUACAUCGCGAAUAAAAGUUCGUUUUGCAGUAUGUAUGUUAGUUUCAUAUGGCAUUUCCCUCCUCUUUCUGAAGCCUGCAAGCUAGAUCUGGUAAUAGGAUCUUCCUUUAUAACCUAAGUGAUAUGACUUCUGGGGAGAUGCAGAAACUAAUUGUAUGGUUUAGGAAAGUGCUACAACAGACCAGGGCAUUAAAGGACAUAAAAAAAUGAACAGAAACUUACCAGAAGAGAAAUUGUGUAAGUUGGGUUUGUAUUAUCAAGGUUUUACUGCACACACCAGAUUAAAGGCUUUGUCAGAGGUUGACUUUUCAGGUUCCUGCCUUUCUUCUUUCUGUGUGUGUUUAGUUUGUUUUUAUCCGUGGCAGUGCAAGCAAGAAUCUACAGGCAUACAAAAUCUUGAGAUAACGACUCAACCCUACAAGUGCUGUAUGCGUGAAUGAAGCUCUGUUAUACUGCGCAAUAAAUCCACUCACUCACAUA